UGCAUGUUAAUCAUGGUAAUUGCUAUUAAAUUAGUCUCCUACUAAGAGAUACAGAAGCAGCUAACCAGAUAACUUAAUCGGCUUUGGUGUUUCUGCCGACCUUCCAGAGAACUUCCAUCUGCAGAACAAGACAAGUAUAGCUAAGUAGCUAUCUAACUAGAUAGAUUAGGAUAAUAAAGAUAUCAUAGACAUCAUCUUCAUAAUACGGAGGAAUAAUAUCUCUAUCGAAAUCGUACCAACUUAUCGCACUAUCUCCGAUCAUCCCUUCCAUUGUCAUCCAUGGAUCCCUUUCUCUCCGCACCCGCAUGACCUUGCGAUCCAAUGAAUCAAAUCAUCGCAAAACGUGAUCGUCUCGCUGGCUCACCACCACCCUUUCUCUGUCUUCUCUCCUUGCACCCCAUUCUCCUCUCGUCACCGUCUAUUGUUUCUGCGUCAUCUUUGGAUGCCCAUUCCGGUCCUACAUGGCCCAUCCAUGUCUUUCUGUCCUCCUUGCCUCAAUUUCUUGUUUUUUCGUUUUGGUUACGAGACUAUUGGUUUUUCGUGUCUGAAGCUGAGUCCAGUUCCACCCCCAUCGAUCGACCUUUGGGGUUUAGUCUCUUGCUGUUCGACUUAUUUUCUCGACACAUAGAUUUCCCGGGCCCAUAUCGCUUAGUUUUAGGCCUAUCAGCGCAUCGUGACUUCACCGUCUCGGUGGUACUGGUGUUGCCGUCAGAAGCCAGGCAGUCAGAUGCACUGCGGCCAUGAUACCUAAAAUACCUACACUAUCGCCUGCUAGUACAAAAUACAGUCAACUAAUUCUUCAAAUCGCUUCUCUUCUUGCUGCCCAAAUCCGCUUCAGUUGGGCUCUCAGUAGGCGGUUUGCUUUUCGUCGACAUCGCACUGCAUUAUUGAUCAAGCAAC